GCAACUUAAUUAGAUAUGUAUAAAAAAUGCUAUUUACUUUAAUGAUAUUUCAAUAUAUAAAGCUUUCAGGCCUCCUUCAGUUUUAUAGUUCUUCAUCGAUUCUCAAGUUCAAGUCAACAUGUGGGUUCUCACUGCAACCGCUUCGGUCAUCGCUUCCACAGCUCUAGGAAAGGACAGCAUUUGUGAGAAGAACAGUUGGGAAAUUUGUCAUUCUGGUAUACAUUUUGACUUUCCAAACAACGAGAAAGAAUUGGACGAGCAAUGUCCUUUGGCACUGGACGAGGGUAAGUGCAGGCAGGAUCAUGCUAUGAAAUGCGAAAGGCCCGAGCUUGGAGAGAUAACUGCACAAACUGAACUUAUGCAAGAUGUCUGCCGCAAAGGUUCCAGUCUUAAUGAAGCCAUUGGGCCCAAUAUAGGAUGUAUCAAAGAAAACGUAAUCAGAGAAUGUUCCGAAAAGACCAGAACAGUAUUUAGGGCUUACGUAGAUUACCUGAAUACUACGAGUGAAGAAUUUUCCGAUGAGGACUGGAAGAGAGCCAUGUGCAUGAACUUCGCCUAUGAUCUUGCUUGUGCCAUCAAUGCUGUUUCAGUACCCUGUGGCAGUGCGGUGAAAGAUGCUAUUCUAGAAGUAAGCCGUCGUAUUGACUGGAUGGAAAAGAAGGCCAUGUGUCCAAGAAGCUUGAGAGAAGAAAUUGUUAAAGAUAUCCCAACGAUGGAAAUUAGCCUUGCGGAAAAAUUGUUAGUCGAAGAGUUACUCUUGGACAUCUGAAUCAGCAAAUGGAUGAAACACAUACAAGAAGAAAUUCGCUUUAAUUAAUAUUUGAGUACAUAUGAGUACAGAAUUAAAUGCACUGAAUGUAUUCUGUAAUCACGUUUGAUUGCUAUGUACUAAAUAUCUCUUCCUGUUUAAAUAAAGUAAGAAUAUCUGUUAAAUAAAA